CUGAGUGAACCAUGGUGGCCAGCCACCGGCAGACUGGCUGGCUUGGUGGGAUGACUGGCAGUGUACCUGGCCUGGUUGCUAACUCGGGUUUAGUCUCCUGUAUGCCCACGGAGAAAUUAAGGGGAAAGCCCACACACAUGCACACAAGCAGUCAGUGCUCACUCAAUGCCACAAGUGAGUGACUGGUAGGAAAACAGACCAAUCCUAUAUUUUAUACUCCUUUCUGCACCAGGUACUUGUUUGCAUGGUGUUGAUAGUUGGUCUUAAAUCAUGUAAAAAAAAUCUCUGUUUUCAUCAAAAUAACUCAGACCUUUUGCUCCUACAGAAGAAGCAGAGAGAAACUGGAGGGGGCGGGGAAUGUGUGCGUCUCUGUUGGCUUAUAUUGACAGGGCACAACCACACCCUGUUUCAGACAACUUCCUGUUUGCCACUGCCAACUGCCACUCCAAAGAGAACAGAAAUGGUUCCGUUAUUAGUGGCUGCUGUGGGACCACGAUAGCCUGUGGGAGAGGAGACACGCUUCAAUGUGCAGACCUUCUUCCUCUCCAGCGUCUCCGCCCUCCAAUUCCAGGACACCACUAGGACAGGUGAAAACAAAAGCCUGUCUCAGCGGCCAUAACUCUGCCAGCAGCACCUCAAAGCCAUUCAAAACGCCCAAAGACAAUCUACUUACCUCCAGCAAACAGCACACAGUCUUUUCUGCGAAAGGAUCAAGGGACAAACCAUGCGUUCCGGUUCCUGUAGUCAGUUUAGAGAAAAUUCCUAACCUAGUGAAGGCAGAUGGUGCCAAUGUCAAAAUGAACUCUACAACCACGGCUGCAGUCACCACCUGCUCCACCUCCUUCUCGGCCGUCUCCACCCCGCCCUUAAUUAAGCCGAUCUUGAUGUCCAAGUCAGUGCCACCUUCCCCAGAGAAGAUCUUAAAUGGCAAAGGAAUUUUGUCCACCACAAUAGACAAGAAACACCAAAAUGGCACCAAAAACAACAACAAGCCUUACAGAAGACUUUCAGAGAGAGAAUUUGACCCAAAUAAACACUGUGGAGUAUUGGAUCCCGAGACAAAGAAACCUUGCACAAGAUCCCUCACCUGCAAGACGCAUUCGCUAAGCCAUCGGAGGGCAGUCCCGGGCCGGAAAAAGCAAUUUGACCUUCUUCUGGCAGAACACAAAGCCAAGUCCCGGGAAAAAGAAGUUAAAGAUAAAGAGCAUCUUCUGACUUCAACAAGGGAAGUACUUCCAAACCAAUCUGGGCAGGCACAGGACCCUCUGCCAGGAUCUUCAGGGAGCUCUGGGCCAGAACCUAAAGUCGCAUCCCCUGCAAAAUCCAGGCCACCUAACUCUGUGCUUCCUAGCAGACCUAUUCCGAACAAGAGUAAGCUGAAAAGAAAAAGAAAUCCUUGGGUGACACAUCAGCCACCAGGCAACUUCCUGGCUGCUUGGGAUUUCAGAUUAGUUGAAGAUUCCUGGAGCAGGGAGUGCAGAAAACCUGGACCAUCAUCUGCAAAUAGCAUAAGCAGUACCACAUCUUCAAAUCAUAGUGGCUACACUCCGGAACCCCCUCUGCCUCCAGUUGGAGGUGACCUUGCCAGCCGACUGUCAAGUGAUGAAGGGGAGAUGGACGGAGCCGACGAAUCUGAGAAGUUUGAUUGUCAGUUCUCCACCCACCACCCUAGACCUCUUGGGUUUUGCUCAUUCGGGAGUCGCCUCAUGGGACGAGGGUACUAUGUGUUUGAUAGAAGAUGGGAUCGUUUUCGAUUCGCACUAAACUCCAUGGUAGAAAAACACUUGAAUUCGCAGAUGUGGAAGCACAGAAACCCGAGCCACAGGGCAUCAGGUCCCUCCCCCCUUUUCAGGACUUGCCUAACCAAUCUACUGUCACUGAGCAACAUUGGGGCUGCCUGGGUGUCAACUCUGGAGAGCGUAGCACCCCGCUGCCCUCUCAACCUCGCUGCCCAAACCCCAGGCCCGGAGGGGCCCGAACUUGGAGGGAUGGCAGCCGAUGGGGGCGUGGAAGACAUUAGGAAGAAAAGGAACGGCCAAGACUCUUUUUUCUUUAACAAGCAUUUAACUCUGCAUCAGGAGACGCCAACACAGUAUUCUCUUUCAGCCAGGAAGAUCCCUCCUGCGGCAGAUAGCCCCAUGCCCUCGCCAGCAGCCCACAUCACCACCCCUGUUCCAGCAUCCGUUUUACAGCCUUUCAGCAACCCCAGUGCUGUGUAUCUUCCUUCAGCUCCCAUCAGCUCGAGACUCACCUCUUCUUACAUAAUGACAUCAGCCAUGCUCUCAAACGCAGCUUUUGUGACAUCGCCGGACCCGAGCGCCCUCAUGUCACACACCACAGCUUUCCCUCAUGUGGCUGCAACCCUCAGCAUCAUGGACUCAACCUUCAAGGCCCCAUCCGCGGUGUCCCCGAUACCAGCCGUCAUCCCUUCCCCAUCCCACAAGCCAUCCAAAACCAAAACCAGCAAAUCCUCAAAAGUCAAAGACCUGUCUGCCCGUAGCGACGAGUCUCCAAGUAACAAAAAGAGGAAGCCGCAAUCCUCAACUUCCUCCUCCUCCUCCUCAUUCUCCUUGCAGACAUCCCUCUCGUCUUCAUUAUCAGGGCCCCACAAAAAGAACUGUGUUUUGAAUGCCAGUUCAGCUUUGAACUCCUAUCAGGCGGCCCUUCCCUAUAACAGUCUGUCCAUGCACAACUCAAACAAUGGGGUGAGCCCACUCAGUGCCAAACUGGAGCCCUCAGGACGGACCUCGCUGCCCGGUGGCCCCGCGGACAUAGGGAGACACGUGGGCUCGGUGGGAGGCGGCAGUGACUCCUGUCCCCUUUCAGUGCCCUCCCUUGCAGGGGACCUUUCUCUGGCCUCACACAAUGCCGUGUCUUCUCUGCCCCUCUCUUUUGACAAAUCAGAAGGAAAAAAGCGUAAGAACUCAAGUUCUAGUAGCAAAGCCUGUAAAAUCACUAAAAUGCCUGGUAUGAAUAGCGUUCACAAAAAGAACCCGCCCAGCCUUCUCGCACCGAUGCCCGAUCCCGUUAACAGCACCUCCUCUCGGCAGGUGGGGAAAAAUAGCAGCCUAGCUUUGUCACAAUCCAGCCCUUCAAGCAUGUCCAGCCCAGGACACAGCCGACAGAAGACCACAAACAGAACCGGCAGGAUAAGGACUCUUCCGUAACAAGAUGAUGAAGCCACUUCCAAACCAAUGCCUGGCUACCCGACCCCACCCAGGAGGCCCGGGAUGGGGGAGGAAAGGGAGUGGGCGGUGGGGGAGUCCAUUUCCUGGGCCCUGCCUAUGACUCUGGCCUUUCUUCUUCUAUUUUUAAAGACCAAUUUUUAGCUUUGGAGAAAAACAAAAAAGCAAGAGAACGCGAAUUUGCGAUUUACAGGAAAUACCAGUGUUUUUUUUUUUUUUUUGCAUUGUCUUUUGUUUGCCACAUGUACACAUUCUUCCAAAGCUUGGGGUCACUCCUCCAGCUUCUGAUUUAGCUACUGCACCAUCAUCGUUUUGCUCCAGCCACAAGAACAGACAGUGCAGGACUUUAGUUCCUGGUGGGCAUCGUCAGAAACUCUUGAACUUGAGCACGUGCAGUGCUCCUUUCUUUGUCCUCACCCAUCCAUCCCUUGAUUUCCCCUCCCACCUGCCACUCACUGGGUCUCCAAGGCCAUCAGAAGAAGCUGCCUCUCCUCAGCUCCCUCUGGACAGUGUGCCGACAGGAGGCUUUGCUGUGGAGCAGCCUGUGUUCGGGGAGCAGAGAGCAGAGGUGGGAGGGUGGCUCAGUGCACUCACCAGGUUCCUGUGGUGCACCAGCACAGCAGGAGCCAGAUGCUAUUGGUAAAAUUGAGAAAAGCAACCUUUUAAAGAUGUGGUUUACCCAAUACCACUGUCCAGCUGUGCAGGUCAGAGAGAAUGUACUGUGUCAGGUCUGGAAUGGGUCUGGGAGGUGGCAGGAAGCAGAGAACGGGGGUAAGAGAAGAUAUCCCUCAAAAGAUGGUGGGAGUGGGUGGCUGUGGUCAUCCAAGCUUGCUAGGAAUCCAUGCUGCAAAACCCCUUCCUGGGCAUCAUGUACAAAGCUGGGCAAGUCGGAGAGGGAAGCACCCAAGGGAGAAGGUGGGAGACCCCAGGAAGCCACUCUGGAGAAGGCCCAGUGCCUACAGCUGUGGAGAUUCUCAGGCUGCCCUCCAGGAGGACUAGGCAAGAGGGGAAGGCCCAGGGGGGAGCUCCAUGGAGGGCUGUGUGUCAAACCCCUAGUGAGAAUAAGUACUAGCAAGGCUCACCUACCUCUGCGCCUGGGUCACUUGGCCCUGUGACUCUGCCCAUCCAUACAUCAGGGUGCGCUGGGUUAGCAGAGGCCACAGCUCAGACACAGCCGCCCCAGGAAAGUGGUAAGGCUGAGCCCCCAAGUACCCACUGGGAAGAGAAGCUGCCACUCUGCAGCCAAGAAACUCCACACUGGAGAUUUGAAGGAAACAUCAGUACUGUAAGCUCCAAUCAGGAAUCAUAGUCGGUAAAGUAACUCGCAAUAUAAAAGAAAUGUUCUGUGCUGUUCAUCAUGUAACUUUGCAAAUGAUAUCACGGCACAGAUAAUAGGAGUUUUGCUUCAUCCCUCAACCAGAAAUGAAAGCCAGUUUUGCAGCUGGACACAAACCUUCAUCCCCACCCUGACAUUUUCCUUUCUCCCACCCUCCAACCCAAAGAUCAGACUACUGUUAAGUUUCACCACACAAUUGGAUUUUACUAAGACGGGAGGCAAAUGGAGUGAUUUGCGUCAAUGAAAUUGCACUGACAGUGUUUCUUAUAGGGUUACUAAAAUUUUUUAAUAUAAAAAGAUUUUUUAAAAAUCAUGAGUUGGUAUUAGGUUCCAGGACAUUAGUUCAGAUGAUUUCAUUUUUAUUUCUACAGUGUUAAAAGUGCACUUAUAUGCUGGUUUAUUUACAUCUUAGAAAAAAGAGACUGCAAAUUGAAUGGAAGAUAUGUUACUUUUUCUUUUAAAAAAAAAGUUAAGGCAGAUUUAAGACUUAUAAAUGUUUAAGAAAUUAUAAACAAGAUUUGACCCUUUGAAAAAAGUUUAGAAGAUAUUCCUAAAGUAAAUUUUUAUAGUGUUAAUUUUGUAAUAAUUUAUGUUUUACUAUAUUACAGAGCUAACUGACCAGAAUAGUUUCAAAAACAAUAUGAAACUUAGGAAAGUUUAAGCAAUGUUUAUAUUUUUAAAAUGUUCUUUGAAUUAUGUUUUUAUUGUACAUUUCUUCAGACUGAAAAGUGUGUACAUAUCUUUGUUAUUUUUGCACAAUUUUUGUCUUGUUCGGUUUUAGAAGUCUGUUUUUUUUAUAAUUUAUUUUGAGUUGCAAAAGUUGCAGGACUAAAAAAAAAAUCUCAGCAACAAAAUAACCCUCUGAUUUAUAAACUCUUACAUUCAAAGAGGGAAAACAAAGGUUGAGAGAUGAAGUGUCUGCUUCUGAGAAAUAACGUCUGGACAGGGACUCAAGGAGCAGUUCAGUAAUAGGCUUAAACAUUUUAGCUCUGCAUCUUGCAUUACAAGCUGGAAGAAAGAGGCUCCCCGCCGAAUGCUGCUGACUUGGUGAAAGACUGGCUCUGACCAAGGUGAGGACAUUUCUGGAAAACUGAGCAAAAAGGGAAAACCCACCAUGUUUCUUUCCUCACAGUCAACCACAGGUUUACUUUAUAAUGAUGUAUUCAAAACUCACAGCUUGAAAAACGGAAUGCAAAUAAAAGGUUUUCUUUGGUUUUGUUUUAAUGGAGUUCAACUGGACCAGCCUAUAAAGCACUAUGAGGGUGACCCCCUUUGGGUACUUCUCUUCUGCCCACCCCCACCCCCACCCCCACCCAGCCCUCUCUCCCAGCCUCUUGACUGCACACGCCCAUUUGCCUGAAGAUCUCGUGACUUGCCGCCAGCCACAGAGGCAGGAGUGUUCGGUUGUUAAGCAUAACGCAAUGCAUAGACCUGUCAGCCAUAAAAACAAAGCGACUUGGAUAACUUGUAUGCCUUCUUUUGUAUCAAUGUACCAGUUGUAAAUAAUGCUGAUCAACCUUUGUAGAGAAUAGUUUAUACAGCAUAUUCUAUUAUUGCUGAUUCUCAGUGAACUCUUGUUUUAAAAAAAGGAAAAAAAGAAAUUUUCUAUUUACACCUUCUAUUUUGUUAAUGCCGUCGGCCCAUGGCACUUUAACGAAACUGUGGGUUUUACGUAGCUGGCCAGUCAUGGGGUAUAUUAAAUAACUUGUUGCACAGAGAAGAAUUUGCACCUGCUCAUUUGUCCUUUCCUACUACUGAUUUUAAAACCUUUUCCAGAAGAAUUUUGAAGGAAGCAUGUCCGAACAUUCUAAACAAAUGCCACACUUGUGGUGUGGGUUUCUUUUCUAUGAUCCAUGUUUUGUAACACUAAGUAUUUUCCUUCUUUGUCCCGCACCUUCAUGUAUUAGCACUAUCAGAAUUCAUUCCAUGCCUGUGAUAUUGUAAGCAGAAUAAAUGUCUAAAGUAGGUGUAAAUAGUAAAUUCUAUGGCUUACAGUUGUAAAAAGGAAAGAACAAGCAUGUAUCUAUUGAUACUGCCGUGGUUCAUCAUCAGGCCUGGAGAUGUUCUCCAGUGAGCGAUUGUAUUUUUCUUUUUGAGCUUUUUUUCUCUUUUUUCCUUUCUUUUUUUUUUUUUUU